GGCUGAUGCACUUAAAGGAGGACUCCAUCAAAGGGAGCAAGCCAAAGCUACCACUACCACUCAGGCUUUCCCUGCUUGGAAUCUGGAAUCUGGACAGGGACUCCAGGCAGCCCAUAAUGAAAACCCAUACAUUCCCAUAAAGCAGACAAUGCCCUAAGCAGCUGGUACUGUUAUUCAGAAAGACCCAUGAGGGCCUGAGUGUUCAUUUCCUUGUGACACUGAGAAGACAGUCGCAGGAUUUGGGUGGCUUUCUAGAAGAUGACCAUAGAGGACCUUCCAGAUUUCCCACUAGAAGGAAACCCUUUGAUUGGAAGAUACCCGUUCCUGUUUCCAGGCGCUGAAGCACCAGUUAUCUUCUCCAUCUCGGCAGCACCAAUGCCUUCCGACUGCGAGUUUUCUUUCUUUGAUCCUAAUGAUGCGUCAUGCCAGGAGAUUCUCUUUGAUCCCAAAACUUCAGUUUCCGAAUUAUUUGCCAUUUUAAGACAGUGGGUUCCUCAGGUCCAGCAAAACAUUGACAUUAUUGGAAACGAGAUUCUUAAGAGAGGUUGCAAUGUGAACGAUAGAGAUGGCUUGACGGAUAUGACUCUUUUGCAUUAUACCUGCAAAUCUGGAGCUCACGGCAUUGGUGACGUUGAGACAGCCAUCAAGUUUGCGACCCGGCUCCUGGACCUGGGGGCUGAUGUCAGCUUGCGCAGUCGCUGGACCGACAUGAACGCCUUGCACUAUGCUGCCUACUUUGACGUCCCUGAGCUGAUUGGCGUAGUACUGAAGAUGUCAAGGCCAAGAGAUGUGGAUGCCACUUGCAGCGACUUUAAUUUUGGAACGGCUCUGCAUAUUGCUGCAUAUAAUUUGUGUGCAGGUGCUGUAAAAUGCUUAUUGGAGCACGGAGCAAAUCCUGCAUUUAGGAACGACAAAGGACAAAUCCCCGCCGACGUCGUCCCAGACCCCGUGGACAUGCCCCUGGAGAUGGCCGAUGCCGCGGCCACUGCUAAAGAAAUCAGGCAGAUGCUCCUGGCUGCAGUGCCCCUGUCGUGUAACAUCCCCAAGGGCCUCCUGCCCAACUACGAUCCCGUCCCCGGCAGGACGAUGCUUGCAUCACUCGGCCUAAAGUUGGGGGACCGUGUUGUCAUCGCAGGACAGAAGGUUGGGACGUUAAGAUUUUGUGGAAAAACUGAAUUUGCUAGUGGACAGUGGGCAGGCAUUGAAUUGGAUGAACCAGAAGGAAAGAACAAUGGAAGUGUUGGGAAAAUCCAGUACUUUAAAUGUGCCCCCAAGUAUGGUAUUUUUGCACCUCUUUCAAAGAUCACCAAAGCAAAAGACAGAAGGAAGAAUACCACUCAUGCAGCUUCCACAAAAGCUGUCCCUCUCACCCGGUCCCAGAAGGUAGAUGUCACUCACGUCACGUCGAGAGUGAACACUGGAUUGAUGACAUACAAGAAAGACAGUACAUCCGAAUCCACACUUUCGUUGCCUCCUGGUGAAGAAUUGAAAACCAAAACAGAGAAAGAUGCCACAGUGCUCGGGUCAGCCAGCUCUUCCUCCUCCACGUCUUCCCUGGAGCACAAACAGAACAACCCCAAGAAAGUGAACACCAGCGGCCGGGCCAAGAAGACCUUGAGCAAAAGCCCAUCUCUGUCUUCUCGAGCCAGUGCUGGUUUAAAUUCCUCAGCAACAUCUGUAACCAAUAGCUCCCGCUGUGACGGGGAACUCCAGCCUGGUGACAGAGUGUUGGUCGUGGGUCAGAGAAUUGGCACCAUCAGGUUCUUUGGAACAACUAACUUUGCUCCAGGCUAUUGGUACGGCAUAGAGCUCGAAAAACCCCAUGGCAAGAAUGACGGCUCCGUUGGAGGUGUGCAGUAUUUCAGUUGUUCUCCAAGAUACGGGAUAUUUGCUCCCCCAUCCAGGGUGCAAAGAGUAUCGGAUUCCCUGGAUACUCUCUCAGAAAUUUCUUCAAAUAAACAGAAUCAUUCUUACCCUGGUUUCAGGCGAAGUUUCAGCACAACUUCUGCUUCUUCCCAAAAAGAGAUUAACAGAAGAAAUGCUUUUGCCAAGUCAAAAACCACUUUGCGCCGCAGCUGGAGCAGUUCCACGGCUGCGGGUGGCCUCGAGGGGAGCGUCAGGCUGCACGAGGGGUCCCAAGUCCUGCUCACGAGCUCCAACGAGAUGUGUACCGUGAGGUACGUGGGCCCCACAGACUUCGCUUCUGGCAUCUGGCUUGGCCUAGAGCUCCGAAGUGCCAAGGGCAAGAAUGAUGGCGCCGUGGGAGACAGGCGCUACUUCACCUGCAGGCCAAACCACGGCGUCCUGGUGCGACCCAGCAGAGUGACCUACCGGGGGAUAAGUGGGUCCAAGCUUGUGGAUGAGAACUGCUGA